AAGAUAGUUCAUUGAGGUUAUGUGUAACGGUGCUGAAGAAACCGCGUCUUUUUUUAGUGCAAAAUUUUCAUAAUUUUCCAAGAGAUUUUCCACUGCAGCUAAGCCGAUCUCAAGAAAACAGCCCUCUCGGAUAUGGCUGCGAAUUUCCCAGGAAGUUCCCACCCAAAGUCUGGGAAGCAGGGUAGUUCAUCAAGAUCAGUGAGGGGGUAUCCGGAAAUCCCGGAGUGGUUCAGAAGAUCAAAUAUCCUUCAAGUAAUUCAGAGCUACUUGGAGGACCAAGGGAGUGUCGCAAUUGACAAAAAGAAGAUCGAGAGCUAUCUGCCUUAUUUCUACAACGUCUACAUGGAGCAUCCAGUCUCCCGACGUAGUCCCGUUCUCAAGCUCGAUCAAUUGGUCUUUGAACCACCCCUGGGGACACUGAAGGAUCAGCAAAUCUGUGCCAGGAACAACAUUAAAGAAAUUUGUUCCGUGGAUAUACAGAAGAAUAAUUUGAUUUUUAAAUGUGAACGGUUGUACUACAAGAUGUUGAUGGAGAAAGAGAAGGGAAUCCGUCGAGGAGUUGACUUCCCAUCGUAUGAUUCGUUCAUUGAGAACGCCCUUGAUAUUUCCAGAGGGAAGAUUCCGAGAUUUAUGGAGUUCCUCCAGAAGCAGGAUAAGAAGAGAGCUGACAAAGCGAUGGAACGAAGGAAAGAAGACAAGGAGGACGAAGCUUCACGGAAAGAAUCAGAUUCUGCAGCAUCUCCCAAGGCAUCAUCUUCCAAGGCAACUGCAGGGCAAGUUCGUAAAAGUACAAAUCUCCCGCCUCCAAGAAAACUCCGAAAAGUUACGUUUCUUCAGCCAUCAUCGCCUAAAAAGAAGACAAUGGAGAAGGAAGCAGAAGGUGCUUCAUCCAAAGGCUCCACAAGCAGUAAUGUUCCCUCAUCAAACUCAGAACAAAUUGAUAUAAAUGAGAAUGUUUCUGAGAAUUCAUCGCCAAUGAAAGAAAUCCCCAAAAGGAGGAAGUCCGUGAAAACUUCUCAAAAUCUUGCCAAGAACUUCUUAGAAGAUGAAGAGGAUGGAGCAAAGCGAAUUGCGUUUUUCCUGAAUCCUGAGAACGAUGAUGAAAUUGCAGCUUAUUUGCUUGAUAACAUUCAUUAUUCUUCCAGUGAGGAGUCCAUUUCAGGUGAUGAGGUGGAGGAUGUUGAUGCCCUGUUCGAAAAGGCCUUGCAGGAUGUCGACGGUUUAAAAAAAAUCAGGGCUAUGCACCCUGACCUAUUCCCUGAAUCAGUUGAGUCUGAUCCUGAGAUUGUGGAGCCAGAAGGGCCGCAAGAGAACACAACAGCCGUGGAUGAUUCUUCUGCUGAAGAGUCAACUUCAGGUGAUGAGGUGGAGGAUGUUGAUGCCCUAAUCGAAAAGGCCAUGCAGGAUGUCGACGGUCUGGAAAAAGUCAUGGCUAUGCACCCUGACCUAUUCCCUGAAUCCGAUGAAUGUGAUCUUGAGAUUGUGGAGCCAGAAGGGCCAGAUGGUCCGCAAGAGAACACGACAGCCGUGGAUGUUUUCAGUCAGAAUCUUCGGAGUCCUUCUGCAAGCAGUACACCCAUUGAUAGUGUGGAAAGCCUCCUGGCGUUCGAGUUGAAGAACUGCGAUGUUGGUCAUGAACGGAUCGAGAGGCACAUCCGGAAGGGGUUCGGAGUUGUCAGGACACGUUGUCCAAAACUGCCUAAAACAGUGCAGCCAAGUCAAAAUCCUCCUCCUCCUGUCUCUGGCUUACAAGACAACCUUCCCGUCAGAGAAGUUGCGCAGAAUACCUCAGCUUCAGCCACCAAUGCUUCUUCCUCUAAAGAUGACGUGUAUGCUACCCUACGGAACCUUGAGGAGUAUUUGGGAAUCAAUAAAGGGACACGUGCAACGCCGGAAGUGAUUGAAAUUGAUUCCGAAACUUCCGAAGAUGACACGGAGGGGCAAUUUGAUCAACAUCAAGUAAAGCUGCUGAGGAAAUUCCUGGGAAGUGAGGACGGUGCACUGAGGGAGUUGCUGAGUAUCUGUGAAGUCAAUGAGGAGGAAGUUGAGAAGUGCAAUUUGGAUGUAACUGAUGAACGCAUUGCAAAUGCAAUGGGGGCACACGUGGGUGAUACUCUUAGACAAUCAUCAGACAAUGUUUUGUCGAAUGUUGAAGAGGCUUUUGUUGAUAUUAAUGAUCUCUCACAGUCAGAGAGGUCUCACUACGAACUCUCACAUGAUCCGCUCGAGGGAUGCUCUCAAAAUAUUUCAAAUAAUUAAAUUCUCAAAGAAAGAAAUUAAGCUCUAUAUGAAUUUGUUGAAAUAAAAGAAUCUCAAAUUUAAAAAAAAAA